GUUUUUGUCCUCUGCCCAUCUCUUUUUCUCGUCCCCUGUCCCUUAGAAAGGAGAACAAAAGAGUUCCAAAGAACCAAUCUUUCCUCUCUUCUCUUGAGAACCUACCGGAAGGAAGAAAGAAGCCCAUCUCGUCCUUCGAAGAAACGUAGCCAGGAUGUCUUCUCCAAGCAAGCGCCGCGAGAUGGACCUGAUGAAACUGAUGAUGAGCGAUUACAAGGUGGAGAUGGUGAACGAUGGGAUGCAGGAAUUCUAUGUCUAUUUCCAUGGCCCAAAUGAGAGUCUUUAUCAAGGGGGAGUGUGGAGGGUCCGGGUGGAAUUGCCUGAUGCUUAUCCCUACAAAUCUCCAUCCAUUGGCUUUGUUAAUAAGAUUUAUCAUCCAAAUGUUGAUGAAAUGUCUGGUUCGGUUUGUUUGGAUGUCAUCAACCAGACUUGGAGUCCCAUGUUUGAUCUUGUUAAUGUUUUUGAAGUGUUCAUUCCUCAGCUUCUUUUGUAUCCUAAUCCUUCUGAUCCAUUGAAUGGGGAGGCUGCAGCAUUAAUGAUGCGUGAUCGACCUGCAUAUGAACAAAAAGUGAAAGAAUAUUGUGAGAAGUAUGCGAAGCCUGAAGAUGCAGGUGCUCCCCCAGAAGACAAAUCAAGUGAUGAAGAGCUGAGUGAAGAUGAAUAUGACUCCAGUGAUGAGGCGGUGGUUGGCAACCCAGAUCCAUGAGAGCAAGCUUAUUUGGUUGGCUGGUCCCCUUGUACAUGUUUCAGUUUCUGGCAAAGUAGACUGAAUUCUCUGUCAGCUUCCUGUCACUGUAAAUAAAUGUACUCAGGUUAAUGUUAUUUAUAAUGUUCAGUGAUUGAACUUCCGUGCA